AUGGCCUCUACUGCAGUGGAGGGACAGACCCCGAACCCGGAGCCGUCCCAGCCAGAAGAACGUGCUGAGCACAACCUCCCUCCAAGAUCCUACGCAGAUGCCGUCAGUAAUGGCCCACAAGAGAAUGACCAGAUCGAAGGCCGCACUGGAGUCGGGUCUGAUGCAAAGGAACACGCUGCAGUUAAUGGCUCUGCCCAGCCUCCACCUCGGACGGUCAAUGGCCAAAUCCGGAAACAGCUAGAUGAAGAGAAGGUCGUUUAUGAGGAGCAUGUGAAUCAUGCCGGAGAGAUUUUGACAAGCAUCAAGCCCAGUGCCAGAUAUGACGACUCUCUCAAGCACAACGGAAAGACUGCGCCGCGAGAGAAGAAACAGAAUCGACCGCCCAAGAGGCAAGAUGAACUUGCAAGUGGCCGAAGAGCUGGCGCUGGUUGGGAAACUUCUGCGAUCCGGUGGGCACCUCUCAAUGUGCCCUUGCGGCGGAGGCUUCAAACUCUAGUCGUGCUGUGGCACACUACCACCAUUCCCCUGUUUCUCUCCAUAUUCUUCCUCCUCUGCGCAAUCCCCCUUACCUGGCCCCUCCUGAUCCCCUAUCUCAUCUACACCCUCGUCAUCAGUGAAGAAGCCACCAACGGCACCCUUUCCCGAAGAUCACAAUGGAUGCGCGGUUCGAAAUUCUGGUCCCUGUUCGCAUCCUACUUCCCUGCUCGCUUACAUCGCACCAUCGAGCUUGAACCUACGAGGAAAUACAUUUUUGGAUACCAUCCGCACGGGAUUAUUUCGCAUGGUGCAUUUGCCGCCUUUGCCACUGAGGCCUUGGGAUUUUCAGACCUGUACCCCGGCAUCACGAAUACCUUGUUGACGCUGGACACGAAUUUCCGAGUUCCGUUUUAUCGAGACUAUGCCUUGGCCAUGGGCUUGGCGUCUGUAUCACGCGAAUCCAUCGAAAACAUCCUGUGUAAAGGAGGACUCAAUGGUGAAGGCAUGGGUCGGGCGGUCACCAUUGUUAUAGGGGGAGCUCGCGAAUCUCUCGGUGCCAAGCCUCACUCGCUGCGCCUCGUCCUGAAAAGCAGAAAGGGCUUCAUCAAAUUAGCAAUACGCACAGGGGCCGACCUUGUCCCCGUCCUGGCCUUUGGCGAAAACGAACUCUACGAUGUGAUUGACAGUGUCCAACACCCGUGGAUCCACAAAUCCCAAAUGCUUAUCAAAAAGUUGAUGGGCUUCACCGUCCCGUUGUUCCAUGCAAGAGGAAUCUUCAACUAUGACGUGGGAUUGCUGCCAUACCGGAGGGCAGUUAACGUCGUGGUGGGGCGACCGAUACGGGUCGUGCAGCAGGGGACCAAGGACAAUAACGUUGAUGACAAGUAUUUGGAUCAGGUGCACAAGGAGUAUGUGGCAGAGUUGGUCAGGUUGUGGGAUGGGUACAAGGACCUCUUUGCACAGGAUCGACACGGUGAGUUGGAGAUUGUAGAUUAG